AUGGAAUGCAAUUACCACUUGUUUCUUCUUCUCAUGACUUGGACGUUGUACGUCUCGGCUGUGCCAUUCGGAAACUUUUCGGGAAACUACAGAUACAACCUCAUACUAGACCCGACCCACGAUAUUCACUUCUUCUGGGAUGUAGACUAUCGGCGAAACCUCGUCCAUGUGAAAAUCGUGAGCCGAGUCCCCGAAACUUCGUGGUUCGGGGUGGGCUUCUCCGACUAUGGAGAAAGCACGUUCGCAGAUUUCGUGGUUUUCUGGACGAAUUCUCAGGGAACUCACCAUUUUCAGGAUACGUGGACGGACGGAAAAGGAAUCCUACAUAUUGACUCGUCGCAGGACUAUGUUUUAGAGCGUGGAAAGACCCAGUGGGAUAUGACGGUGCUGGAAUUCUCAAGGCAUUUCGAGACCUGUGAUGGCAAGGACUAUCAACUGGAUAACGGGACGACGCACAUCGUGUACUUCGUGUCCGAGGGAAACCCGCGCUCCAUCACCGGCCACAACGUGACGGCGGCCUACCACGGCCUCCAGAGAGUGCAGCUACUCAAACCGGACAUCAACUUGGCGCGCUUCCCACCCGAUGUGUGGACGUUUGAAAUCUUAGCACCAAAAGUGCAUGUUCCUCCAGUGGAAACGACGUACUGGUGGUAUACAACAACCUUACCACCACUUCCUAACAAACAACACAUUAUUCAGUACGAGGGCGUUAUAGAACCGACUAGUAAGAACCUGGUUCAUCACAUCGAGGUGUUUUACUGUGUGGGUGUCAGUGGACGUUUACCAUUCUACAACGGACCCGGAUUGGCUGAGGGAAAACCGCCAGAACUAGCCAGUUGCAGAAACGUCAUAGGCGCAUGGGCUAUGGGAGCUGGGCCAAUAGCGUACCCCGAGGAAGCAGGAUAUGCUAUCGGAGGUCGAGGAUUUAGUCAAUUUAUCCUGCUAGAGGUGCACUACAACAACCCCAGAUUUAUCAAAGGUGUUGUGGACAGUUCUGGAAUCCGAUUCUACGUGAGUCCGACCCCGCGGAAGUACGACGCUGGGAUCCUAGAACUUGGACUGGAGUAUACCAACAAGAUGGCGCUACCCCCGGGUCAGGACCUCUUCAAACUUAUCGGAUACUGUAUACGUGAAUGUACCUCCAUUGCCCUGCCUCGCCGUGGUAUUAAGAUAUUCGCCUCUCAGCUCCAUACCCACCUGACGGGAAAGGCCGUGUACACGAAACACGUCAGGGACGGCGUCGAACUGCCAGAACUGAACAGAGACGACCACUACAGCCCGCACUUCCAGGAAAUAAGACGUCUGCCAGAACCUGUCCAUAUUUUACCGAAUGAUGCUCUUAUCACUGUGUGUGAAGACAGCACGAAAGACAGAAAACAUGUCACAGUGGGCGGUUUCUCCAUCAGCCAGGAGAUGUGCGUCAACUAUGUGCACUACUACCCGAAGUCCGACCUGGAGGUGUGUAAGAGUUCCGUCGACACACGGGCAUUGAACGGAUUCUUCGAGUUCAUGAACAGAAUGGAGAAGAUGCCCACUUCGGCAAAGAAAGGAGACAUUGACAACUACAAUUCUAUCGACUGGACACCGCUAAAUUCCCACCUCUUGAAGCAUUUGUAUGCAACGUCGCCGCUUUCAAUGCAGUGUAACCAGUCGAACGGAGAUCGAUUCCCCGGUUACUGGGACGGAAUGCCUUUGACAAGGAUCAUUGUGCCACUCCCAAACGAGCCCAGCUCCUGUCCUCGGUGGCAACACUACAGAUGA